AUGUCUGCCGAACAUGUUUUACCGUUCUCUGUUGUUUCUGUCGUUGAGGAUGUUCUUCAACAACAGAGUACCCCGUCAAGCGAUUACAAAUUUGCUUCCAGAAAAGCCGAAGAAGCUUCUUUGAGAAGGUAUGAAGCGGCGGGUUGGUUGAGAAAAACGGUUGGAGUUGUUGGGGGAAAAGACUUACCGGCGGAACCUUCUGAAGAAGAUUUUCGGAUUGGUUUGCGAAGUGGGAUUAUCCUCUGCAAUGCUCUCAACAGAAUUCAACCGGGAGCCGUGGCCAAGGUGGUUGAAGGCCCUAGUGAUUCUGUUAUUAUUCCUGAUGGAGCCGCGUUGUCUGCUUUUCAAUACUUUGAAAAUGUAAGGAACUUUCUUGUAGCAGUCGGAGAAAUCGGACUUCCUACCUUUGAAGCUUCUGAUUUGGAACAGGGAGGAAAGUCUUCAAGAAUAGUGAAUUGUGUUUUGGCACUCAAGUCCCAUGCUGAAGGGAAACUUGGAGGAAGAAGUGGGUCGGGGUCAUUGAAAUAUGGUCAAAAGCCACCUAUGUCUGCGAAAUCGAUGGCGAGGAAAAACUCAGAACCAUUCAUGAAGUCUCUAUGGAGCAUGACAUUAGUUGACAAAGAUGGUUACGCAAGUGAUAACUCUUCAUAUAGUGAUCUCGGACAGGAUCGACUUGAAGGGGGCUCGUUUUCUUCCUUAAACUCACUCGUUCGCCAAUAUUUGUCUGAUAAGAAGCCCGAGGAGAUUCCCAUUGUAGUGGAGUCUCUUCUUAACCGAGUCAUGGAAGAAUUUGAGCGUCGGAUGCAAAUUCAACAAGAAAUGCAAAUUCAGCAAGAACCGCAAGUUCAACAAGAACCGCAAGUUCAACAAGAAACAUUGAAAACAACAACUCAAGAAGAUAAGGCACCAUCUGAAACGGAACAAUCAAUUUCAAAAGAUGUUUCUGUUGAUGAAGCGAUGGAAGAAAAAGAGGAUGGAGAACAGUUGCAAGACAAACAAGAGGAAUGCUAUGAUGAGAAAUACAAUGGUGAUGCUGAACAAUCAAACAGCUUCAAUUUAAUGCAGCAAAGUUUAGUCGAGCAACAAAAUAGAAUUGCCCAGCAGAGUUUAGUCGAGCAACAGAGUAGAAUUGUCCAGCAGAGUUUAGUCGAGCAACAAAAUAAAAGUGUACAGGAAGUGAAAAAAGUUGUCCUUCAAACGAAAUCGGGAAUGCAGUUUCUGCAAAAGGAAUACCAGAAGGAUAUGAUCAAUCUAAGUAAGCACUUGCGUAGUCUAGCUGCUGCUGCUUCAGGAUAUCAUAAAGUUCUCGAAGAAAACCGCAAGUUAUACAAUCAAGUGCAGGAUCUCAAAGGAAAUAUUAGGGUGUACUGUCGAGUUCGACCGUUCUUGGGAGGAGGGCAAGUGAGUCAAAAUAGUGUUGUCUGCAGCGUGGAGGAAGGAAGUAUGUCACUCAUGAUACCUCCGAAUUCCAAACUUGGUAAAGAGGGAAAAAAGACAUUUAACUUCAAUAAAGUGUUUGGUUCUUCUUCAACACAAGGGGAAGUUUUCGCGGAUACGCAGCCUCUAAUUCGUUCUGUUCUCGAUGGUUACAAUGUUUGUAUAUUUGCAUAUGGCCAGACAGGAUCAGGAAAAACAUACACUAUGGCAGGACCAGACAAUCUUGAUGAGGACACCAUAGGUGUGAACUACCGUGCAUUGAGAGAUCUUUUCUUUCUCUCAGACCAGAGGAAAGAGACCAUUAUCUAUGAAAUAUCGGUUCAGAUGCUUGAGAUUUACAAUGAGCAAGUCCGAGACCUAUUAGCUCCAGAGGAAAUCCGCAAUAGUUCCAGUAAUGGCAUCAACGUGCCAGACGCGAAUCUCGUUCCAGUUUCAACCACUUCCGAAGUGAUAAAUUUGAUGAACUUAGGACAUAAAAAUCGUGCAGUUGGCUCUACUGCCAUGAACGAUCGUAGCAGUCGUUCUCACAGCUGCUUGACAGUUCACGUUCACGGAAAGAACUUGGUAUCGGGAAGCAUUAUCCGAGGUUGUAUGCAUCUUGUCGAUCUUGCAGGAAGUGAAAGGGCUGAUAAAACCGAGGCCACAGGAGAUAGACUUAAAGAGGCUCAGCAUAUCAACAAGUCACUUUCCGCCUUAGGAGAUGUAAUUGCUUCCCUUGCUCAGAAGAAUGCCCAUGUUCCAUACAGGAACAGCAAACUCACUCAGCUACUUCAGGAUGCACUCGGAGGACAGGCCAAGACCCUAAUGUUUGUUCAUAUGAGUCCGGAACCCGAUGCUCUUGGAGAAACACUUAGUACACUCAAGUUUGCCGAACGCGUCUCCUCCGUUGAACUUGGAGCCGCACGAGUGAAUAAAGAUAAUACAGAAGUGAAAGAUCUUAAAGAACAGAUUGCUAUGCUGAAGGCAGCCUUAGCAAGGAAAGACGGAGAAGCGGAACACGUUCAGCAACCUACCAAUAGUGGCCAUGUAACACCAAAGGUGAAAUCCUAUGCAUCGUCACCUCCCAUGCAGCAGCGUAACGUGACAUCGUCCGGAGGCCGUAAGGUGCCCAAAGAUGAUUCUAGUAACAUAAUGGGCCAGAAAAAGAGUGCAACAAAGCUGAAAAGAAGAAGUCUAGAUCCUCACGACAUGUAUCGCAAUUCACUACCAUGGCCACAUGUUAACAACCAAGCCGUAAAUGGAAAAGACGACGAUAAAGAUUCAGAUUCAGUUUCGGGUGAAUGGGUUGAUAAGAUUCCGAUGAACCGGACCGACAGCUUAACUAGCGAUGAUAGCUUAGUGGAACAAUGGGAAGCAGAUAGUAAACAAUUCUCUCCAAUAAGUUCAAGUUCAUUUUCAGAAAAUUCAAAGUUAAGUUUGGAACCCGCGUUCGACACUACCACAAUGACAACAGAAGAAUCUGAUGAACUUGAAAUCGCAACCAGUGAUUCUUCAGAAUCAGACAUGAAUUGGCUUAUACAAGCACCUAAACCAACCGCGCCUUCAAAUGGAGUAGCCUCUAUUAAAGCAAAGAAAUCUAUUAAUCCAAAACAAUCAAAGAUACCCGAAAUCAGGAGUAUGAUUCCUUCGUUAAUUCCUACGCCGGGGAAGAAACUACCAACUCCAACUCCAAUUACUCAAGCAAGAAAGAAUCAAGGAUCUAUUGAUGUAAAGAGGAGGAAUGCAAAGUGA